AUGGCGCCCCUCACCGUCCGUAGGGCGCCCUACAAAGACUUCCUCCAGCCUGCCUUGCAGAGCCGAUUCGCGUCGACCGCCCUUGUGCUCUUCAUAGUUUCCUACGCCGAAGCACUUCUCUUGAGUCGUUGGGAUUCGUUGCUCUGGUCCUGGUUUCCAUUGGGCCCUACUGGCUUCCGUACGCUCGCCAUUUUCGCCAGCGGUCUUUCCAUACUCGUUCUCCGGAUUGCGCACUAUCACGUCGGGCUGAGGACGACCGGGUCGGGCUUCCACACCCUGCGUGCCAACCUCUCGAAGCUAUCGACGUACGAGACGGCGUUCUGGUACAUUGUGUCGACAUGCAUCUUCUGCCCAAUCUUCAUCUACUCGAUCUCUCCCUCGGCUAGUCUCCGAUGGGUUUCGUAUACGAGCGGCGACAGAGCGCGAGCCAACGAGCGCACCAUCUUCCUCGCGCUGUACCUUGGCGCAUGCGCCCUCAAGCAGAGCCUCGAUCACUUCAUUGGGGAUGUAGAUCACUUGGACCUCGGGAUCGUAUUCCGGCAAUUGGACAACAAAGAAUCGGAUAAAGCUCCGCCCUCGCGGGAGGUCAGGCUUUUGAUACAUUUUCCUAAACUGGUGGCCGAGAGCACUGUUAAGUCGGGAUGGGUUUUGGGCUUCACCAUCUUGGCUUAUCUCGCCACCCCCAUUCGUUCCAUUGCCUACGGCUGGACACUGAUGUUCUUGCGGCCAUUCUACAACAUGCCCAGGUCCAACAUUCUGCCGCCCACGCACCCGCUCGACUUUUGGCUGUGUGCGCGAUGUAUCAUGGCGGGCUCGCUGUUGUUCGUCUUGUGGACGGCGGGCAACACGGCCUUUUCCAUCUUCAUGGUCAAAACCCCACUCAAGAAUGGGCAGCCCCUAUCGUCCGAAUCCAAGGACCCCAAUGGCAGCUUGCUGAACGGUCUGAAGAGCAAGAAGCCCUCUGUGCAGAGCUUUGCCAUGUGGGAGCUAGCAUACAUUGCCGAGAACUUUGAAGCCCGCAGAAAGGCCAUAUACGCAGACAUUGAUCGCUCUCAGGGGCCGAUGUGGACGCAGGUCUACGGCGUGUGCAUCGAUGUGAUCAAGUCCAUCGAGGUGCGCGCGGAUGCGUGGGGGAAACCACCCGCACCACCGCCUCCCACACCCAUCGAAGAGCCGCGGGAACGGACAGCCGCACCGGUCAAGACAGACAACAUAUUCUCUCCUGAACGGCCGAGCACUACUCGAAGCAGACUGCGCGACUACGCGCAGGCUGAAGUCAAAGAGUUACUACGUGGCGACGGUCAGCCUCACAAGUCCGCCCUAAACGAGCUCAGGCCCAUUGCGAAGAAAACGUGGGAGCAGACCAAGGACAACGUACUCACCAAGGAGCAACGAGACGCCUUGACGCCAGAGAAUGUGAGGAGUCACUGGGAGAGGGCUGUGCUCUGGUCGAUGCAGUCCGGGUUCGUCAGGGCCUUGUUCCAGCAACAAUUCCGUACCAAAUUUGCGGGUGCGGUUCUCGGCACCCCGUUUGCUGAGCCCAUGCUCUACGUCCACGCUUCGAAUGCGCUGUGCCAGCUCGCUGUCCACAGUCUUACGGAGGAUCCAUUCGGCCAUGUGCACCGCGACGUGGCCAGCAUCAUCUGCACGCUCACAUUGGUCAUUGGUCAGAUUGAGUCCAUGAAGCAGCGUUUCCCCGUUCACUGGACCGAUAUCCAAGGGAGUGCCACGUGUCCCGAAGUCGACGAGGUUGUUGACACCCUCCGAAAGGGGCUUGGCCAGGUGGUGGCCAGCUUCGAGUCGUUCAGCAGUGAGCUAGGUCUGACCAGGACCGAGCUGAGACUGGCCAAAGAGGCCGCAGCCAAGCCAGAGUCAGUCGCGCCCAAGCAGCAGGCGCCCACCGUAACCAAACCCGUGCAGGAGGCAAAGCCCCGUGUCGAAAGGCGCAUCUCGAGAGCGGAAGAAGUGCCUCGAAAGAGGUUGGCCAGCAAACCGGAGAUGGAGCAGGUGCGAGCAUGA